CCGUUUUAAAUAUUAUUUUUUGACAAACACAUUCCACAACAUGAAUUUAUCGACAUGUCUAUCGAUUUGGUUACAUAGAGUAUCAUCCAACAAAGCUGCUGUUAAACACCUGUUGCGUUUGUUGUUAUUUAUAUGAUGGCUAAAAGACAGUCGCGACAAAGCCAGCAAAGGAGAUCAAUGCUAGCGCCUCAAUAUGAAACUCACUGCUAUACUUGCCACAGCUAGCGUUUUAAUAGGCUGUUGCUUUGCGGUAGUAUUUCUGGAACUAUUAGUGAAAUUGGAUCCCGGCGCUGGCAAUCUUAUAACCUUUACACAAUUUGCAUUUAUAGCACUGGAAGGUUUUAUCUUCACAGCCAAAUUUGGUGCAGCAAAGCGUGUGAUAGGUUUAAAAGAUUAUGGCUUGCUGGUGGGCAUGUUCUUCGUGACGAGCGUGAUCAACAAUUAUGUGUUCCAGCUAAAUGUUCCAAUGACGCUCCACAUGAUCAUACGUGGCGGUUCGCUUAUAUCAAAUAUGUGCCUUGGUAGCAUUAUACUCAAUAGACAUUACAAAUUUGAACAAUAUGUGGCAGUGUUAAUGCUAAGCGUGGGCAUAUUUAUAUGCACUUACUGCUCAAGUCAGGAUGUGGAGCGUGUAAAGGAUAAUCAACACGAAUCGAAUUUCGUUUGGUGGCUAGUGGGAGUGCUGCUAUUAGUGCUUGCGCUCUUCAUCUCCUCAUAUAUGGGCAUCACACAGGAACUGUUGUAUCGUCGGCAUGGCAAACAUGCACGUGAGGCGCUUUACUAUACACACCUGUUGCCGCUGCCUGCUUUUUUAUUUAUGCACGACAACAUCUCGGCACAUUGGACAUUGGCUUUGCAAGGUGAACGCUAUAUAUGCCAUUGGCUUGGCGGCUUGGCAGUGCCACUACUUCUAGUUUACCUGUUAGGUAAUGUUUUAAUGCAACAUCUGUGCAUUAGCUCAGUGUACUUCUUAACUACAGAAUAUAGUUCGCUUACAGUUACUCUCAUCUUAACUCUGCGCAAAUUUAUAUCUUUAGUAUUUUCUAUUAUUUACUUUCGCAAUCCAUUUACCAUAUAUCAUUGGUUGGGCACAGUGCUCGUUUUUGUUGGCACUUUAAUGUUUACAAAUAUACUCAAUUUUAAGCGAAAAGUAAAGAACAAAUAAACAUAAGUUUUACAUUUAAGUACGCAU